GGCGGCGAGACGCUGAGAUAACUGAUUUAACCACACUGAACAAAACUCCAGGUAUUUAGAGAGAGAGAGAGAGAGAAAGAGAGAAAGAGAGAAAUGGAGGAGGAGAUGCAACCGGCGGACGAAGGUCUCUCUGCGCCCAAAAUCUGCAGGCAACAGCGAAGCCCAUACAGUUCUCUCAAGACCUUCCCGAGCAAGCGCGCGGCGGGCAAGGCGAGAUAUGACAGACCCACAAUGGUGGACAUCCCGCAGCUAGUAGAGCAUCCUCAUCAUCUCGGUCAUCAUCAGCAGCAGUACUCACAGCGCGUGCCGCUUCAGCAAACCUCCCAGUCCAUCAGCAGCAGUCGACAGCACCGUCUGCCCUGCGAAAUCAGGCCCAGCAGCAGAGUAGCGACAUCCAGCGCAGCAUCAUCAUCAUCAUCAGCGGCGGUGUCGGCGUCGGCAGCGUCAUUUGGCAGCCAGAGGAGGGUCGCCGGCCAGGAGUCCAGAAGAUACCCUGCGGGUCGCGCCGAGUUCGGCCACCAGUCUCCAGACUGCACUUAUGGAAUACAUUCAGAAAACCGGCUCAUAUUGGAUGCUUUUGCCCAGCAGUGCAGUCGAGUCCUCAGCCUCCUCAACAGCAACGGACGGCUCCUUGAGCCCCAGCCUUACCUGGUUCCUCUAUCUUCUUCCAUCUCCACUCUCAUAAAACAAGAAGACAGCUGCCAAUUUUCAGGAGAGAGGCUCAGUACCAAGCCCAGACCAGAGAAGUCAUCCCGGGAGAACACGAGUGAGGAGAAACAAAGUGGGAACCACUGGAACCAGCAGCAAACUUCCACUUUCCUCCAAAUUUUCACAGAGUCUCUGCAGAACUACCUGAUCUCUAGACCCCAGUCAUCAGACAGUGAAAGGUGCCAAGCAGUAGAAUCUGAGCAAGCAGUAUCAGGGUCACCAGGACAGAAUUUAGGUGGCUGGGCAUCACCAGCACCAUCUGAGUCAUAUGGUCACCCCUCGUCCACACUGCCAGAGGAAGAUGAGGAGGAGGAAGGAUGUUGUCCACGCUGUAUAGAGUUGGAACAGGAAGUUCUUAGUCUACAGCAGGAGAAUGAGGAACUGAGACACAAACUGGACAGUAUACCAGCUCCUUGCCAGAAUGUUCUGGACUUCUUUAAGACUGUUCUCCAACACUACAACCAGUUUGUGCAGCCUCAGCCUGAAGAGCAGCUUACUGAGGGCAGUAAGCAGCUUCUGGGGAACUAUCCUCUCUUCAUUACCAAUAAACAGUGGGAUGAGGCAGUCAACUCCUCAAAGAAAGAUGGCAGACGGCUCCUGCGUUACCUGAUCCGCUUUGUGUUCACCACAGAUGAGCUGAAGUACUCAUGUGGCUUGGGAAAGAGGAAGCGUUCAGUUCACACAGGGGAAACAGGACCGGAGAGACGACCUCUGAACCCUGUCAAGGUCACUUGUCUCAGAGAGUUUAUCCGGAUGCACUGUGCUUCUAAUCCUGACUGGUGGAUGCCCUCUGAGGAGCAGAUAAAUAAAGUCUUCAGUGAUGCAGUGGGGCACGCGCGGCAGGGCCGGGCUGUUGGCACCUUCCUGGGCAGGGGUAGUGGUAGCAGCAGCAGUGGUAGUUUAUACAUGGAGAGCUACGAUGGGCAGCUUUCUCAAGAUGAGAUCUAUCUGAAGGGCUCACAGAACAGCCUGGGGGACUAAAGAAGACCCACAGACCUAACGUUAAGCAUUCAAGUCAUGGAUCAAGGUGAAGGAGGAUUUCUUUGCUGUCAAUAUGGCCUGGAUCAUACAGACAGAUCACAGCACUUACAUGAUGGUUAAGGUCUUUUUUGAGCCACUGUUUCUGUAUUGCCGAAUAGAAUACAGAUUCCUUGCUAAUGUGGUUUCCUGACAAAGCAGCAAACAUUCCACUCAUUAUGAAUUGUGUGUAGAACUCUUCCAUGCAUUAUUAUUAAUGGAUCUUUGCUUUCUUUUCUGGUGUGAUGUUGGACAAUGGCAUCAUUCUAUGAAAAAUCAGGUUUAUUAUGUGGUCCAUUUUAUGCCUGUCUUUAGAAUGUGAUCCGCUAAAGCAACAUGAAUGUAUUCAUAGUUAUUUACAUCAUUGUAAAUAAUGAGGGCUCCCUUGCAUCAGAUUCUAUGUUCAUACAGAUGGCCUAUAAAUGAGGUGCUAUUAUAACGUUCAGUUAUUCGCUCAGAUAAGGCUGAAUUGUAAGUGCCACUCCCUAUUUUAUCAUAUGAAGUUUAAAAACAAUUAUCUGUGAUGUUUAAAAACUGUGAUGUUCAAAAAUCUGUUUCAUCGUGGCUGUAGGAUCAAACCAUGUAACUGGAUUAUCAACUCUACAACUCAUCCAUGUUUGUGACUGUGAAAAUCUGUCUGUAAUAUAACAUGGCUCCCUCAUCUUUACUCUGACUCUAGAGAUCCAGUAAGGAGGCUACUAUGUGUUGUUCUUUGUCAUUUGUGUUGCUUGGUCAGGAACUACAAAUAUAAUUUUUUAAAUGUAAGAUUUUUGAGUGUUUGCAGGAUCAAACCUAAAUACUACAACCGUAAAAUAUGCCCAUUUGUAGCAAUGCUGUUUACUACAUAAAACAUUUGUAUGAAAUGCCUUAAAAAGGGACACCAUGUACCACUAAGAAUUACAAAUACUGCCAAUUCAAACUGUUGAUAAUCUGACGGUAUUCCUUACAUUAGUGGCUUCUUGUUGUUUGUUGUUUUCAAACAAAACAAAAGUCUUUCUUUAAUGUCCUAGACAAGUUAAGAUAUCCAAUAGCAGAAUGUAUCUGUCUGUGUAAAUGUUCAUACAUCCGGUUAAUUGUAAAAUGUCUGGUAGAAUUUAGUAAAAAGGCAAUUUAAAGGGAUGAAAAUUCUCUCAUAAUUUUGCCAUCCCAGAUGUGUUUGACUUUCUUUCUUCUGCAGAACACACAUGAAGAUCUUUAGAAGAAUAUUUCAGCUCUGUAGGUCCAUACAAUGCAAGUGAAUUGAGACCAAAACUUUGAAGCUCCAAAAACAUAUAAAGGCAGCAUAAACUUAAUCUAUAAAAUUCCUGUGGUUUAAUCCAUGUCUUCAGAAGUGAUAUGACAGGUGUGAGUGUGAAAAAGUUCAAUAUUUAAGUCUUUUUUUUUUACUAUGAACCUCUGCUUUCACAUUCUUUCACAUUUCAAAUAGAUUUUAUGGAUUACUUUUAUUACUUUUAAAAGCAUUUUUGUGCUUUUUGGAGCUUCAAAUGUCAAGCUACCAUAAAAUUGCACAGGAUGUACCCACAGAGCUAUUCUUCUAAAUAUCUUAAUUUGUGUUCAGCAGAAGAAAAAAAGUAAUACAAGUUUGGAAUGGUAUGAUGAGAGAAUAUUCAAUUUUGGGGAACCAUCCCUUUAAUAGUAAACAUUUUGAAUACAUUUUCAACAUGCUUCAUAAAUUCUCUGAUGGUCGGGAAUUCCCAGCAUUCAAAUCAGCUAUAUACCACAUCACAGACUCGUGAUGGUUGUGGCAGUUUCAUAUCUGAAGAACUGAGACAAUUAUUCCACUACUAACAAUGCCAUCUGAAUGAUUUUACCUCUAACGCUUCCAGAAUUCAGAUUCAGGUUUAAAUGACAGGGAUUCCCAUUCAGCUGAUAAAGUGGCAUAAUGUCUUAAAUUAGUUAUUAUCCAAGUUGCAGUUGCAUUUGACUACCAGACAUACAGUAAAAACCUUUGUUGACUUGAUAUGUAAUCUGUUUUGAUUGUACAAAUCCAUGUUGAUUGAAAAUAGUUCCAAUAGUUCAGUGGUUCUCAAACUGGGGGGCAUGGAGUCGUAAUGUAAGUCACGCAGGCCGUUAUUGGAAAAAAAAAUCUUUUUUUUUGUUCUUUUUUUUUUUAGUUUUGGGUCAUCAUAAACCUGUUUGAUUUCCGAGAACUCUGGUUCAAACAAGUAAGGCUGGACAUAGAAAUGCAUCUCCUCUUCGACUUCAAACUCUUUAGAAUUAUAUGGUUAUAACAACAGAGGGGUGAGUUAACAAUGACUGAAUUUUCAUUUUUGGGUGAACUACCCCUUUCAGUUUGAGAACACCUGCUCAAUCUAUUUAAAGAAUGUGUCAACACUGUGAACCCCAGCAAAAUUGGUAAGACUGUUCUUUUCAAACAGAAGAUGCAUUUAUGUAAUGUGGAUAACAAUGAUGACAAUGAAACAAAAUACUGCAACUGAUCCAAACAAUGUCAUCUGUGUGUUGUGUUUCAAUAGCAGUUUGUCUAUUAAUUCCAGACGUUGAACAAUAGAUGGCAGUAGACAACAAUAAAGCCAUUGCAACGUUUUUUAUGAAACUAAUACAAAGGCAGUUUCAUUCUCUCCAG